AUGGCUUCAAAAUCUACUACUAGUUCUACUAGAUCGAAACUAUCGGAAAAUUCCAACAAAGGUGCAGCUCAAGCAACACUGAGAGUCAGUAAAGUUAGUAAAGUAGUGAGCAAAUCAGAAACUGAAUCGCCGCCUGCAUUGCAAAAUUCUCGUGUUUCUGUGGAAAGAUCGCCGCGAUCUGUGAACUCUAAGCCCCCUGUUGAGCGGAAAUCAGUGAAAGCUAGCUCCACAACACCCGAUAAACAAGCACCAAGAGCUGCAAAGGGUUCAGAAUUGCAGAACCAGUUGAAUGUAGCUCAAGAUGAUCUAAAGAAAGCAAAGGAACAGAUCCUUCAGGUUGAGAAGGAGAAGGAAAAAAUUACUGAUGAGUUGAAAGAAGCACAGAGAGUAGCCGAGGAAGCAAAUGAGAAACUCAGGGAAGCAUUGGUCGAACAAAAGCGGGCUAAGGAGGAAUCUGAGAUAGAAAAAUUCCGAGCUGUUGAAUUGGAACAGGCUGGAAUUGAAACUGUGAAGAAGAAGGAAGUAGAAUGGCAGAAAGAGCUUGAAAGUGUGAGGAACCAGCAUGCCUUGGAUGUGGCUGCUCUUGCUUCCACCACCGAGGAGCUUCAGCAGAUUAAACAAGAACUUGCCAUGACGUGUGAUGCUAAGGACCAGGCAUUGAACCAUGCUGAUGAUGCAACUAAAAUUGCCGAGGUUCAUGCUGAGAAAGCCGAAGUCUAUGCAGCUGAAUUGGCGCAGUUGAAGGCCUUACUGGAUUCAAAACAAGAAACAGAAGCAAGUGAUAAUAGGCUUAUAAUGAAGUUGAAAAAAGAGGUAAAAGCUCUCAAGCAAGAACUUGAUAAGGGAAUGAGUUAUGAUGAGAAGUUGACAGAGAAAGAAAAUCUUAUUGAACAACUUAAUGUAGAACUUGAAACCUCAAGGAUGGCAGAAUCUUAUGCCCGCAGUCUGCUAGAGGAGUGGAAGAAGAAGGUCGAGGAACUGAAAAUGAAGGUUGAAGAAUCGAACAAGUUGGAGAGAUCCGCAUCAGAAUCCUUGGAAUCUGUAAUGAAACAGCUAGAAGGAAGCAAUGAUCUGUUGCAUGAUGCAGAGUCUGUAGUUGGUCCUCUUAAAGAGAAGGUGGGGUUGUUAGAAAUGACAAUUGGGAGACAAAAAACUGAUCUUGAGGAAUCUGAACGUCGCCUUCUUAUGGUUAAGGAAGAAAACCUCGAAAUUUCAAAGAAGAUUGAGUCUCUCAAAUCCGAACUUGAGACAGUGAAGGAAGAGAAAGAACAGGCUUUGAACAAUGAACAUCUUGCAGCCUCUAGUGUGCAGACCCUAUUAGAAGAGAAAAACAAACUUAUCAAUGAUUUGGAGAAGUCUAAGGAAGAAGAAGAAAAGAGUAAAAAGGCAAUGGAAAGCUUAGCUUCUGCAUUACAUGAAAUAUCUGCAGAAUCUAGAGAAGCGAAAGAAAACCUACUUGGCAAUCAAGCUGAAAGGCAAAGCUAUGAGAACCAGAUUGAAGAUUUAAAGUUAGUCUUAAAAGGUACUAACGAAAAAUAUGAGUCGAUGCUUGACGAUGCGCGACAUGAAAUUGAUGUUCUUAUAUUCAGUAUUGAAAGCUCGAAGAACGUCUUUGAGAACUCGAAGGCUGAGUGGGAGCAAAAAGAGCUUCAUCUAGUCAGCAGCCUGAAGAAAGCUGAAGAAGAGAAUGCGGCCACGGAAAAAGAAAUAAAUAGGUUGGUUUAUUUGCUCAAAGAAGUUGAGGAAGAAGCAAAUUCCAACAGGGAGGAAGAAACUCGGUUGAAGGAAAAUCUGAAUGAAGUUGAGGCUGAGGCAAUCCACCUGCAGGAAGCUCUGAAGGAAGUAACAUCUGAAAACGUUAAAUUGAAGGAGAAUAUAUUGGAUAAAGAAAAUGAAAUGCAGAAUGUUUUUCACGAAAACGAUGAACUCCGAGCUAGGGAAGCCGAAUCUAUUAAGAAGGUGGAAGAGUUGUCUAAGUUGCUGGAAGAAGCUACAACUAGAAACCACAAUGAGCAAGAAAAUGGUGAUCUUUCAGACAGUGAGAAGGACUAUGAUUUGCUUCCUAAAGUAAUUGAAUUUUCUGAACAGAAUGGUCAUGGAUAUGUUGGAGAGGACAUUCCAAAGGUUGAACUUUCCAUCAAUCAAGGACUAAAACACAGCUUACAAGAAGAAAGUAUAAUCUUGAAUGACAAAACCGACGAGAAAAUUGAAUCUCCGGAACCUGUGCAUGCGAAUGAAAAGCCAAAGGAAGAUGAGAGGAAAGGAAAUGAUGAUCCAGAAGAAGUAGAAUUCAAAAUGUGGGAGAGUUACAAGAUAGAGAAAAAGGAGUUCUCUUUCUCGCCAGAGAGAGAAGCAGAGCCUGAAUCACUUGAAGAGGAAGUUGAGUCAAAGGUAGAAGAAGAUGGCAGUCGUGAGAGCUUUGAUAAGAUAAAUGGAACCGCUGUAACAGAGAACAUUGAUAAUGGUGGGAGCUCACCAUUAAAAGAACAACAACAGCUGAAGAAGAAGAAGAAACCUUUGCUUGGAAAGUUUGGAAGCCUGCUCAAGAAAAAGGGUGGUAGCAACCAGAAAUAG